AUGAAUAUUUUAGCACAAUUAAUUUCAACAAUUUUCUUGUCAAGUACUUCCUCAUUAGCUUAAGACUUGAUUAAUUUAGGAAAUUAAUGCACUUGUGAAUAAUUGACAUCACUAUAUGACUGCUAGUAUUUUAGUAAAUGUGAAUUUGUCAAUUAAGUUUGUUAUCAGAAAACUUGUGAAUAAAUGAAUGUUGAAGCUUGUUUAAGCAGCGAUUGUGCUUGGAAUAAUGGAAAAUGUUCUAAAUUUACAAAUUGUUAAGAUUAUUACGCUUCCAAUGAUGAAGAUUGCUCUAACUUAAGACAUGAUUGCACUUAUAAUAAUUUAACAAAAACUUGUAAACUAAAAGAUGAAAAUACAAAAUCUUGUUCUGAGCUAGAUGGAGCUGAUUGUAUUUCUGGGAUUGAUGGUAAAUGUAUAUAUAAAGAUAACAAAUGUUAAAUUUGGACAAAUUGUGAAGAUGCGGAAUAUGGACAUUGCACAUAUGGAAAAAAUCAUUGUAUAUGGAAUAUAUAAACUAAUAAAUGUGUAUCUGCUUCCUCAUGUAAACAUAUCGGGGAUUAGUUAUGUUUGUUUGCUUUUCCACAUAUGAAUUAGAUUGAUGCUUAUAUAUGCCAAUAUGCUUAGAAUGGGAGCUGUUAAGACUUCGAUACUUCCAAUUAGAAUUAAGAAACUUGUAUAUCCCAAUCCUAUGGGUAUUAUUAAUGGAUUAAUGGAAAAUGCACUGCAUGUUAAUCAAUUAAUUUUGAUUUAAUUAAAUCCUUAUCUGUGUUGACUUUUCUAUUAUUGAUUUGA